AUGGAGAUUCCGGCCAAAUUGCCGUUCUCCAAACGGCGGCUCCGACCGAGAGUCGUCAUUUCCUACAUCUUCGACUAUGUGAUCAUCAUCGCGUGCGUCAUCGGCUUCUGGAUUCUCGACUCCAUCGAACCCUACCACCAACACUUCUCCCUCCAAAACAUCUCCCUCCAAUAUCCCUACGCUGUACAUGAACGAAUCCCCAUCUACUACGCCCUCUGUAUCUCCGGCGCUUUCCCCCUCGUGCUCAUCAUCAUCUACACACUCUUCAUCGAUGGGCUGUUCUCACACCACAAGCCCCAGGACCCACUGUCGGGGAAGCGUAAGCUACGCGGGCCGUGGCGAUGGAAGGAUCGUCUGUGGGAGAUGAACUGUGGUAUACUGGGACUUUUGCUGUCGCAAGGAUUGGCCUUUGUUAUUACUCAGGUACUGAAGAAUGCCUGUGGUAAACCCCGGCCGGACUUGAUCGAUCGGUGUCAGCCGCUCAGUGGGAGUCAUGACCUGCCGGUGUACGGCUUGUCCAAUUCGACGAUCUGUACUGGAGAUCCGAAGAUUAUCAAAGACGGGUUCCGUUCAUGGCCAUCAGGUCACAGUAGUUCCUCCUUCGCAGGACUAUUCUAUACUUCCUUGUGGCUGGGGGGAAAGCUUCACAUCAUGGACAACCGCGGCGAGGCCUGGAAGAGCCUUUUGGUCAUGGUACCCAUCCUUGCGGCAACCCUUGUUGCAGUGUCUCGGAUCAUGGAUGCCCGCCAUCACCCUUUCGACGUCAUUACUGGCUCUCUUCUGGGAGUUGUGUGCGCCAUUGUCUCUUACCGCCAAUACUUCCCUCCGAUCACCGAGGCCUGGCGCAAGGGUCGAGCCUAUCCCAUCCGUACCUGGGGUACUGAGCCACCCCGCCCAGUGAAUACUCAAUUGACCGCGUUCAAUAAUGAUAGUACCUCUGCUCUUCGCAACCCCGAGCAAGACCGUCUUAAUCCACCAACUGGACCCGAACGCUCAGUAUCGCCCUCGGGUCGACCAUCUCCCCCUGGCGCUUCGGGAUAUGCAGUCCCGAGUAACCCGUUCACCUCUCAGGUGUAUCCCCGUCGCCGACAUGACCAGGACCCUGACGGCAACUGGUCAUCUAGUGAGGACGAUGUUGGAAAUGGGUAUGAGAUGCAGCAUGGCUAUGCAAUAACGCAAACCCCUGUUGCGGCUCGGGGAUACUCACCACCAUUCGAGACCAAUACUGCGUAUCAGUCACAGACCCAUGCAGGUGCAAUGCACCCUAAUCCAGAGACUGCUGGUGAUCAUUCCAGUCGAGGGCGACAAUUGACCGAUACACCGCUGCGCGACGUUUAG